AUGGGGGAGGAAUUCUCCGAGCCCAGAAGAGAAAGAGAAAGAAGUUGGUCUAAACAGAGCACUCCAGCGAAAAGCUCCUUCGAUUCGAGACGCAUGGAUGAACGACACGAAAGCUUCACGACCUUCACUGAAUGUGUGGCUUGGCUUUUACUCUUAAUCGUAUCGGUGGGUAUGUGCAUCUUUACGGGUCUGCAAGCGAUGGAUAAAUAUAAGUCCAAGAGCACAGUUAUGGGUAUGGAGCGUGACUUCUACUUCUGGCGCACACCAAUACCCAGUUUUACGGUUUGUCCUAUGCGUCGCUUAACCAAUAUACCGUUAAUAGCAGACUUUAUAUGUAAAGCAAAAAUAUAUUAUCGUUUUUCAUUUUCUCUUAUUCACUUAAGCAAAAAGAAAAUAACGGGUCAGCCGAAAGAGGAUCUGUAUGUGUUCCUUGAGACUUUGGCUAACUCGACAUAUUUUAACUUCGCUAAUAUAACUGUAAGUCCGAGCAUCGAUGGCACCUUGGACCGCUUGCGCUUGCGACCUGCGCAGUACAUGUCCCUAAUAUAUAACUUAACCACCGACUUCACGCAGGAGGAGGAAGGCCGCAAACCUAUUAAGCUGAAUGAUGGCUUUAAAGAUUUUGUGGUGCGUCAGGUGCUUACCGAAUUCGGUAUUUGCUACUUGGGUAACAGCUAUUUACACAAUGAGUAUACGGCACGCUACUUUUUGUUUGGCAAAUAUCCGAAGAUCAAUAAGGGAGAUGCCAAAAUGCUGUUGGGUAGCUACUUCGAUAGUGCUUUGUUGAUCUUAUCAGUGCCGAAGGCGUUCGAAAGUAUUGGGGUGAGUUUAGUUUUCAUACAUUCUUCUCAUGAUGCCUUAAAAAUUGAGCAGAAGUUUUUCUAUACAAACGAGGCGGUGUACUACAAAGCUGAGACGCGAGAAAUUGUUGCCGAAGAUGGUUAUGAAAAAUCUACCACGGUGGCUCAACGCAAUUGCCGUUUCCCGCAUGAGUCGAAUUUAGAGCAUUUUGAAAUUUAUACCAAAAGCUUUUGCAUGCAAGAAUGCCGCCUUAAUUUGGUCUAUAAAAAAUGUAAAUGCAUACCUCAUUUCUAUCCGAACAGAAUUAAGAAUCCGAAGCCGAUUUGCUCUUAUAAUACGCUUAAGUCUUGUGUUGCUAAAAAUGCAGAGUCCUUUCGCCGUUUACACAGUUCAAAAGCUCGGAAGACAGUACAUUGCCAUUGCAUGGAUUCUUGCUUCAACAGCAUUGUGGUUGUGAAAAGUGUGGAGGUUUUAGCAAAUCUCAAUAUCUUUCAGACUGGUUUUACGGUCGGCCUUGAGGUAACCACUUGGCCAUUGGAGCUGCUGAAACGACAAGUGAUUUUUACUUUCACCGAUUUGUUGGUUUAUGUUGGUGGCGCAGCCGGAUUGUUCCUUGGCUUCAGCGUUUUGGGUGCCAUUGAGUUCUUCUACUAUUUCUCACUGCGCUUGUUGUGGUAUUUGAGAGGUUACAGAUAUUAAUAGCGCGAUGAAAUUUAAA